AUGCGAUCCGAUGAGUGGUCCGUGCACUGGGACCUACUAAUCCAGAACUGGAAGGCGGUGGGAGCACAAUCCAGUCCCCAGUCCUCAGACCCGUUGAUGGACCUGACGCCCAGCAAGGGCUCCCAGCUCCUCUGCUCCCAGUGCGCUCGCUCCUCUAGGACAAUACCCAGGUUACCACUCUCGAGUGCGAACACCGCCUGGAGAUACUAUGCCUCCGAAGCAACCAACCCCUCCCCCUCCGAGCCAUCAUCUUCCACAACGACCCCUCCCCCGCCGCCGGUGACAUCCAACCUCCCCAAGUCUCCCAACCCGUACCGCAUCAAAUCCGGCGUGAUCCUAUCCCGCCCCCCGAUCCUGACCCGUGACCCAACCCCCUUCGAGUCAGCCUUCUACCUCUACCAAAAGCGUCUCAACGAGCGCCUGACAGCCCCCUUCCGCCGCGAAUUCUACUACAAGCCGGAUUCCGCCGCUGACCUGGACUUCCGUAUCAAGCUGAAGGAGCGUCAUGGUGUGCCGGCUAAGGAUAUCGGGCGGUAUAACCCGCGCGGGCGCAUGGCGUGGAACGAUGAGGUCAUGAUUGGGUCGACGACUUCGUCGUGGGAGUAUAUGUACGAGAGAUUGUUGAAGGAUGCGGAGGUGCGGGUUAGUGAAGAUGGUGAGCCUAUUCCGGAGGAAGAGCGCGUGCCUGUGGAGAGGCCGAUGCCGAGGCGUACCGAGGCCGAUGAGAAGAAUGAUGUAAGGAGGCUGGAUCGCGCGUUGGAUAAGACGCUUUACCUGGUGGUGAAGAAGGGUGAGGGGGAGAAUGCCGUGUGGGGGUUCCCUGAGGGGCCAGUAUUGACUGAGGAAGCGCUGCACGAGACCGCAGCCCGUGUCCUCGCUGAAUCCGCCGGCAUCAACAUGAACACCUGGAUCGUCGGCCGGGUCCCGAUCGCGCACCACGUCAUCAAGCCUGAGUUCGAGCCCGCGGACGCUAACGGCGAGCAGAGGCUAGUCAAGCGCGGCGAGAAGAUUUUCUUUCUCAAGGGCCGCAUCAUGGCCGGGCAGGCGGACCUGACGGACAACAAGCAUGGCCUGACCGACUUUCAAUGGCUGACUCGCGACGAGCUGCGCAAGGUGUUGCCGUACGAGUAUUGGUGGAGCGUGCGCAACUCGUUUGAUCUGAGGUAG